UCUCUUUAAGUACAGCAGGCAGUGCUGUUGGUUCGUGUGGGAGCGGAGGGCGCACGGUGCGGCGCUGCCUCUCCGCAGCGUCAACAGCCUCCCUUCCUCACAUCGGACAAGCGACAGAACAGAAAAGACAGGUCGACCUACCGCCUGCAUCCCAUCCACGCUUUGAACAGCUGACUGGAGCGAGUGAAACGGAGAGUGGGCUGUCUCCGCGGGGCUGAUGGACCGGUGAGCCUCCAGGGCCAUUAACAUCGCUCCUUCUCCGACUGGAAGCUAGAAAAAAUGUAGCGGUUUAUCUGCGGUACCGUACACUAGAUUAUGACACAGCGCUGAGUGGCUGCACCAGCUAAUGAGAUUGAAAAAAAGAAACUAACGUUAGUUAUCUAGGGCUGGAAGCACAGUAAAAACAGCCCAUUAGAGAUAUUUGGCUGAAUGAUCGUGGCGAUAAAACAUCAUGUCAGAGCCUGAGAGAUCCUCCUCCAAGUUGCGUCCUGUGAGCUGCAUCAAACCAUCUGCUGGAGCCUCCUUUUGACUCGUGGUAAAGAUGGUGAGUCACGCCCUCUCUCUCACUAAAUAGCCGGCCUCACAAAGGAGAAAAGGAUCUCAGCUCAGCCAGCAAAUAAAACCCUCUUCCUUCUGCACAGCGUGGGAGAAGUGCCACUGUGGUGCCAGUGUGUGUAGUAUCUCUGUAGGCUGAUAACUGGAGUGAAAGCAACAUUGAGGGAUCAUCUUUCACUGAGCCACUCAACUUUCAUGCCGUGGCCCCGGAGCCGGCUCUCAGGGCUGGACUGUCGGAGGGAGCGCAGAGAGACUCACAUGGACUCGAUCAGCAGAGCUGCACAGGUGUGAAGCAUCUUCCUCAUGAGACCGAAAAAGCAUACACGAGGGAAAAGCCAUGCUAUUGUUUGUUUGACCUUCAUUAAGGAUUAAGAUAUUUUAACUCACAUUUUUAGUAAUUUUUGUUGGGGCCCAGUCGGGCUCUGUGGGAACCCGGACAGCUGGUGUUGAUUUUUCUGCUUUAUGAGUUUUCAUCACUGGGAGAGCGUGUCUGAGUGGCAGGGGGAGCCAGCAUGGCCAAGACUCUGCUGAAGAUACAGCGCUAUUUCCGCAGGAAACCUGUCCGAUUCUUUUCCCUCAUCCUAUUCUACUUGACCGCCGGGAGCCUUGUCUUCCUGCACUCUGGCUUUGUUGGGAACAGCGGCCCAGGGGCCAGAGGGGGGAGCCGAGACGCUGUUGUAGCUUCAGAGGUGGGAAGCCGGACUUCAAGGUCAGACACUCGUGGGCUUGGCAUCAUGAGUCGUGUGUUUAAAGAGACACGCAGGUCUGGACGGAGGUACGGGCCUCCGUGGAUGAAAAAGGCAAGACAGGAGGGCCGGGAGACGGUGCGCAGGGGGGGAGACUACACCAACAACUGGAACCGUGCACUUAAAGGCCGCAGUGCCAAAGAUGUGGACGAUGGAAGAGCAAAGUACAUUGGCUGCUACAUUGAUGACACACAGAAGAGAGCACUGAGAGGAGUUUCCUUUUUUGACUACAAAAAAAUGACUGUAUUUCGUUGCCAGGACAACUGUGCGGAAAGAGGGUACAUGUACGCAGGUCUGGAGUUCGGAGCAGAGUGCUACUGCGGCCACAAGAUCCAGGCACCCAAUGCUUCAGAUAGCGAAUGCAAUAUGGAGUGCAAAGGAGAGAAGAGCAACCUGUGUGGAGGAGCCAACCGACUAUCCAUCUAUAGGCUGGAGCUGAGCCAGGAGUCAGCGCGUCGCUAUGGCAGCGCCAUUUUCAAAGGGUGUUUCCACAGGCCUGAAAAUGUCACUCUGGCACUUCCCUUCAGCGCAGUCAUCCAAAACAUGUCUGUGGAGAAAUGUGUGGACAUGUGCACGGAGAAGGAAAAAACGCUUGCUGUUCUGGCUGGAGAUCGAUGUUACUGUGCCUUCCCGACUUCCCGCUUCUCCCUUCAUGAGCUGGAGGACGAGGGCAUGUGUGUCCACCGCUGCCACGGGGAAGAGUUUGAGAGCUGCGGGAACAACGAGUACUUUGUGGUGUACCAGACGCAAGUUCAAGAUAACCGCUGCAUGGACCGGCACUUCCUGCCCACUCGUGCCAAGCAGCUGGUGGCCCUCGCCAGUUUCCCCGGAGCUGGCAACACCUGGGCUCGCCACCUCAUAGAACUGGCAACUGGCUUCUACACCGGCAGCUAUUACUUUGAUGGCUCCCUUUACAAUAAAGGAUUUAAAGGGGAACGCGAUCACUGGCGAAGUGGGAGGACGAUCUGCAUUAAAACACAUGAAAGCGGCAAGAAAGAGAUUGAAUCCUUUGACUCCAGCAUCCUUAUGAUCCGAAACCCCUACAAAGCCCUCAUGGCUGAAUUUAACAGAAAAUAUGGUGGCCACAUUGGAUUUGCUUCCCAGGCCCACUGGAAAGGAAAAGAGUGGCCCGAGUUUGUGAAGAAUUAUGCCCCUUGGUGGGCGUCCCACACGUUGGAUUGGCUGAAUUAUGGGAAGGUUGUCCACGUGGUCCACUUUGAGAAUGUGAAGAGGGACCUGUUCUCCCAGCUGAAGGGGAUGGUCCAGUUUCUGGGUUUAAAGGUUUCUGAGGACCGCCUUCUCUGCGUUGAGGGCCAGAAGGAUGGAAACUUUAAGCGAUCAGGGCUACGAAAGCUUGAAUAUGAUCCCUAUACUCCUGAAAUGCGUGCGAACAUCAACGAACUGAUCAGAACAGUAGACGCGGCCUUGAGGAAAAGGAACAUGUCUGGAGUUCCAGAGGAAUAUAUGCCAAGAUGAUAUACGUAAUCCCCUUA